GUAGAGAGAGUGAAGAGAGAGAGAGAGAGAGUGAAGAGAGAGAGAGAAGCGUUUGAGAUAUUCCGGAUAUGGACGUUUUUCCGGCGGAGAACCAAGUCAGUCAAGCUCUUCCGGCAGAAGAAACUGACAAAGACGAUGACGACGACGACGGAGGAGAUUUGUGCCGGAUUUGCCGAUCACCGGAGGGACCAGACAACCCGUUGAGGUAUCCGUGUGCGUGUCGAGGCUCUAUCAAGUAUGUUCACCAGGAAUGUCUCCUUCUCUGGCUCAACCUCCGUGGAUACAAGCAGUGCGAGGUAUGUAGGCGUAGCUACUCCUUCGUCCCCGUUUAUUCUGAGAACGCACCAGAGAGGCUUACAUGCCUUGAGUUUCUGAAAGGACUGUCACAGAGAGCAUCACGUCUCGCUGCUUAUGUUUUCGUGAUUCUCUUCAACGCCUAUUGCUUUUCCUUGCAUCCUUGGGGCCGAGCAGCUGCGAUUGAUAACCAGAGAGUUUUCCGAGUUUCUGAGAAAUUCGCUUCUCUCUUGGCUGGCUUCUUGUACGACGUGUUGAUUGCCUCUCUUAUGGCCAUGAUGGUGCUUCUAAAGCUUAUUCUAGGAGAUCUCUUUGGACUGAACCUUGAGAUAUUUGGCGACCUAGGAGGAGGACGUGGAGGAGGAGGAGUUGUUGUUGCGUUGUGUGUGUUUUUGAAACACAUGGGGACUCUGUGUGAUUGGUGGCACGACCAUCUCUCACGCCGUGGGUUUUUGGGUGAACCUCGAUUGUUUCGUCCUCGAAACCCACAGCUUCAUCGUGGAUUUGGAGUAAUCAGGAGGUUUCUUUCCCUUCUUGAUGACAAUGCAUUUGCUAUUCUUGCCAUCAGCUUUUAUGCCUCAUUCUUUUUCGUUCUUCUUCCAUUUAUGAUGGGGAAACUUGUCAUCGCACUCCUACUUCUUUUCCAAGGAGACCCACUUGUCCAAGAACCGGUCCUUGUUGGAUAUAUGACUAUGCUCUCACUUUCCUUGGCUUAUCUUGGAAGUUUUGCUACUCUUAAUCGAGACUCAGUUCAAGCCAUAGCCAAGAGAUUAUCACUGGGAUUUCUCAUCGUAGCAGACGCCUUAUGGAUUUUCGCAGUAAAAGUGUGGAUCAAUCUAUAUCUGGUUAAGGAUGGUUUCAUCUUGUGUUUGAAAUUUGGUGUUUUGCCUUUGGUACUUGGCUCCUGGGUAGAUUUUUGCAUACUCCCUAUACUUGGAACGACAGUUUCCCAGAGGCUUGAGUUAAUUUCAGACUAUCCCAUCAUGAUGUUCCUAUAUUGGAUGUUCGGAGUAAUUUGCUUGCUAAUGGUUUUCAAUUCCAUGGAGCUUAUCCAGAAGAUGUUUCAGAAACGACCUUUUUGGUUUCUACUAGAUGUCUCUGAUCCCAACUACAAAAUCACUAAACUGUACUUUGGCCAACUUCUCUUUGCGUUAGCUUUCCAUGGAUCAUUGAUAGUGAUUGUGGUUCACUUGCCAAUACUGACUAUCUCUCUCAUCAGCCCCUCUUUUUUCCCUCUUCAGUUCUGGAUCAAUGAAGAAAGGAUUAAUAUGUUUUUCUUAAUGUCUGGUUAUUACUGGUUAGUGAAUGUAAGAGCUAUCAAGUGGUUAGCCGAGCUUAUCAAACCAGCUAUAGGACCCAUAGUUCAAGAGUGGAUGAUCACUGUCAGUUCUUGGCUCCAAUUGAGCGAGUUCUUUCUCGAAAACCAUGCAAACCAAAAUGUUGGACCGUUGUUGCAACAAGGCCUGGAGAUUCGUGAUAGUUGGUCUCUAUUGUUUCCUGUAGCUGAAGGCUCUCUAGUCAGAUUCUAUGGAUCUCAGAACGAUACCACUUUUGAAGAGGAUAUUGACGAUGAUAGGUUUAUAAUACUGAGGAUCGGAUUGAUGGUGGUUCUAGCUGCUUUGAGCCUGUUUCUCAUUGGUACCAUCUCCAUGGCUUUGCCAUUUCUAGUGGGAAGGGCUUUCUUCCACUCUAUCUCUUUUAUCAUGACCGGAAUCAAACACGACGAUCUUUAUGGAUUCUGGAUUGGAUGCUUUACCCUGCGAGUAAGCUAUAUCGGGACUUGCUUCAUAUAUAAACAUAUCAUGAAUGGAAGAACCGAUUUGCUUCUCAACCUUGUUCUGUUGUGGAUACGCAAUGCCUUACUGUUCUCCAUCUGGAUCUCCGUCAUACCAACAUUGCUUGGUCUCCUUAUCGACCUUAUGCUGAUCAUCCCAUGGCAAGUGCCACUAAGCGAAUCCCCGGUUUAUUCAUUGCUCCAAGAUUGGUUGAUCGGAUUAGCUGUCCUUCACAUCUGGACCUGUCUAACUAUGUUCACGCGUGUCAACUGUUUCGCAACUGCGGCGUGGAGGGAGAAGCUGGAGAGAAUCAGAAGUGUCGGAAUCAACAGGCUUCCAGGGACGUGGCUGCUUGGAAAUGUCAUUUGUCCGAUCGUAGUCACUCUUCUAACCACACUCGCGAUCCCUUUCUUGGUGGCCUACUCUCUGUUCCCAUUGCUUGGAUUUUCUGGUGCGGUCAACCUAGCCGUGCAGCGGCUCAUAUGGCCGGUGUUAUUAGCCAUCAUCAUCAUAGGGUUCGUAGCCAAGCUCACUCUCGAUCUGUUCCUUCACAUUCACCGUUUGGAAUACGAUGAUCGGUAUCUGGUGGGCGAUAGAGUCACUGAUUUCACUGAAGAUCACGAGUCAGGGAUCAAUCAACUCAGGACUAUGUGACACUCGACGUAUCUUCUUGCAUAGAGACAACUAAUUUUGUAGGACUUGCUAUGCUUGAAUAUCUUGAAUCCUUGUUAAAUGUCAUCUUCUUUAGCGAUGAUCAGGUAAGAAACGAUUU